CGAAAAACAAAUCAAGUGCCUUGUGUUUGAUAUUUUUAAAAAGUAAAUGCAGGCAAAGAGGGCCAAAUAUUUCAUAUGCUUUACUGCGUUAAGAAUCAUUUUAGAUUUAAGUCGUGCAGUCAUAGAUUUCAGGAUUCUAUUCUUGAAAGCCCAACCUGUGCUAAAAAUCACCUCUCGACAGAGACCAAAUGACUCUAAAGAUCAAACAAGUUUGACUUUGUACUUUCUGGAGUUUGCAAACAACAAAGGCGAUCAUGACGAUGGUAUAUCUGUUCAUCCUACAAUUAUGCGCAAUACCGGUAUCUGUAUUCUGUGGAAGGUUGGAGCAGCUAGAAGAAAGAGUACAGGCCGUUCAAACACUGGCAUUUCAGGACAUACACAGGCUGAAGGAAAGCGUAGACAGAAAUGCUUUAAAGAUCGACACUUUAACUGACUUGAUUAACAGAACCCUGUCAUACAUUACAAACACUGUCGAGUCAACAACAGAAUUCAGACAUGGGCACGAUAAAAAGCCAAUCGAGAGAAAUGAAAACAACGAAUACAAAACGUUACCCGCAAAUCCAGAUGUAAAAAGACUAAAACGAGCUUUUCAGGAGCAUAAAAUGUACUCCGUGUCAUUACAAGAAAACAUGAUGACACAAUUAGAAAAAACGGUUCAUGAGAAAGACGCACUUAUCAAAAAUAUGUCAGGUUCGCUUAUUGAUUUAAAAUCUGAAAUAAAAAGUGACUUAGAUGAAAUGCGAUCAGAUAUCGCACUGAUGCUUUCCGAUGUUCAUUUGAAUACAAUUCAGACGCUGACAGGCUUAUUACGUGUUGAGUCGAAAAGCAUACUUAUGCAGACAGACGAAAUAUUGAACGAAGCAAACAGAAGUCGAUAUAUGCUAUCAGAUAGCAUAUCUGCUGUUAAUGUAAACACACUUCAAAUGCUUAAAAGAUGCUCAAAUAUAUCUGACCAAUUGGUCGCAAAUCGGUUUGAAAUAGAGGCACAUCAGUCAGAGCACAUGUCAACCUUGAAAGAUCAUAUAAGUGAACUUUGUGGUGCCAAUCCAGAGAUACGUUUGGGCGAUUCACGUGUCGUAAAGAACGGACGUGCCGGACGUGUUGAAGUACGAUAUAAUGACCAGUGGGGUACAGUUUGUAAUGAUGGUUUCGGUGCCAUUGACGCAAAAGUAGCAUGUAAGAUGGCAGGAUUUACAGGAGGAGUCGUUACCAACGGAUUUAGUGGGGGUUAUGGUAAAAUAUGGCUUGAUGACUUGGAAUGUACAGGUUCUGAAACAAACCUGUUUGAUUGUCCAAGAGCUAAUAACAUAGAUAUAGGUGAACAUAACUGCGGCCAUGGCGAAGACGUUGGAGUAACAUGCUUUUGACAGGCUUCUAAUUGCGGUAUGAGUUUCAGUUCGAACAGGAUUGAAUGCCAGAAGAUAUCUGAAUGUGUAUAUAUGUAUCAGCUUUGCGAGAGGUCCUAUAGUUAUCACCUUCCACGAUUAUUAUAUUACGUGUGUACCCUUCUUUUAUUCUUAGACUUCUAGUAUGACAGCUUUCUUAUAGUGUUAUACCAUUCAUAUUUUGACUGAAAUAGGGGCUUAAUGUUAAAGGCAAAGAUCUGAUCCUUGUUAAAACAGCCAGACAUAUUGUAAUAUCAUUCUUGAUUAUCAUGACUGAUCAGUUGACAAUUUCUACCAUUAACUAAACGUUGUACUAAAUACAACUAAAUCAUUACACACGACACAUUAAGUCGUUUCCUUUGUAUCCGUUAUUAUCGAAACGUUAUGAUACAACAACAACAACAACAUUUAUUUAGCAAUGCUUCAAGCCUAAACAGAGUUGACAUGUAGUGAGACAAAACCAAAUAUCAAAGAAUAUGUUUAGACGUCUGAAAUAUAUACAUUUUAAUAAUUGUAUUACACUGCCAUCUAAACGUAAAUAUUUUAUGUUUUAAUUGUUCAUAUAUUAUGGAAUAUAUUGUCUCUCAUAGUUUUUAUGAAUAUUAUGUUUAUAUGGAUGUAAAUAUACUGUUUCACGAAAAAUGAGAUUUGAAUAAAAUAUUGUAUACGA